UUUGUUCCCAUAGUAUUGAAAUCAUUAAUAAUUUCCAUCUUAAGCUAAAACCCUGAUUAGAAAACAGGUUUGAUUGCAGAAAAAUGGGUUGUCUUUGUUUCAACUUUGGUGGGAGUGACCUUAUCUGACCCCCACGAAGUUUGAGUACUAAAGUGGUUUUGUAGGGCCAGUGGAUGUCGAAGGAAACUUAAUGACAAACAGAAUAUAAAUUGCUCUAUUUUAUGUUGGAAAAUAAAAAUUAUAUCUAUCUUAUAUAGUACUUUCUACGUAUGAAGAAAAUGAAAGGUAAUUAUAGUUUUGAAUUUUGUUGAUUCAAAAUUAAGAUAUUAUUUUUUUGGCAACUCAGCUUUCUCCUGUAUCUAAGAAUAUUGUAAAUCUUUUUUUUCCUUUGUUUCUCUAUAUAAACACCUCCUAUGCUGUUCUAAAACCUCUAUCUUCUUUAGCUUGGUUUUCCUUGAUUCUUUCUUUGUGUUAAUAGCCUCUUCCAAUCUUAUAUUUCCCUUUAAUUGUUUCCUAGUUUUGAGUUUGUUUCUUUAGAAUUGAAGUGAAGGAAGAUCGAAAAUGCCGGCUGUGGGAGGAAUUGGCCCGGGUAGCGGCAAGGAGUACCUUGGAAACCUUACCCCAUUUGUCACUGUAACAUGCAUUGUUGCAGCCAUGGGGGGUUUGAUUUUCGGUUAUGAUAUUGGGAUUUCAGGUGGAGUGACGACUAUGACUUCAUUUCUCCAAAAGUUCUUUCGAAAAGUGUGGGAGAAAAAGGAAGCCGAUAAGUCGACAAAUCAGUAUUGCCAAUAUGAUAGCCAAACGCUGACGAUGUUCACAUCUUCACUGUACUUGGCUGCUCUUUUGGCUUCCCUGGUAGCCUCCAUUGUCACCCGUAAGCUUGGAAGGAAAUUGUCCAUGCUUUUUGGUGGUUUACUUUUCUUUGCCGGCGCUCUUAUCAAUGGCUUUGCCAAAGCUGUUUGGAUGUUGAUUGUCGGUAGAAUGUUACUUGGUUUCGGUGUUGGAUUUGCCAAUCAGUCUGUCCCACUCUACCUCUCUGAAAUGGCCCCCUACAAAUACAGAGGAGCACUGAACAUUGGGUUCCAAUUGUCAAUAACAGUUGGUAUCCUUAUUGCCAACGUGUUGAAUUAUUUCUUUGCUAAGAUCAAAGGUGGCUGGGGAUGGCGCUUGAGUUUGGGUGGUGCAAUGGUCCCUGCCCUUAUCAUCACAAUUGGAUCUCUAGUCCUCCCAGAUACACCAAACUCUAUGAUUGAACGCGGUCAAACUGAGGAAGCCAGAGAGAAACUCAAGCGAAUUCGUGGGGUCGAUGAUGUUGAUGAGGAAUUUAGGGACCUUGUUGCUGCCAGUGAUGCAUCAAAGCUAGUUGAGCACCCUUGGAAAAACAUAUUGCAGAGGAAGUACAGGCCCCAUCUAACCAUGGCCAUCCUAAUUCCCUUCUUUCAACAACUAACUGGCCAUUACGUGAUUAUGUUUAUGCUCCUGGUAUUGUUUAACACAAUUGGUUUCGGAAGCGAUGCUUCCCUCAUGUCUGCUGUGAUCACUGGUGUUGUUAACGUUGCUGCAACUUUGGUUUCAAUCUAUGGUGUUGAUAAGUGGGGAAGGAGAUUCCUUUUCCUAGAGGGUGGGGUUCAAAUGUUGAUCUGCCAGGCUGUUGUGGCAGCUUGCAUUGGUGCUAAGUUUGGAAUUAAUGGGAACCCUGGUGACCUGCCCAAAUGGUAUGCCAUUGUUGUGGUGCUUUUCAUCUGCAUUUAUGUUGCCGGAUUUGCCUGGUCUUGGGGACCCCUUGGAUGGCUGGUGCCUAGUGAAAUUUUCCCAUUGGAAAUCCGAUCAGCUGCACAAAGUAUCAACGUAUCUGUCAACAUGCUUUUCACAUUUGCAGUGGCUCAAGUGUUCUUAACCAUGCUCUGCCACUUGAAAUUUGGCCUCUUCCUUUUCUUCGCCUUCUUUGUGGUGCUAAUGUCCAUCUUUGUGUACUACUUCUUGCCCGAGACAAAGGGUAUCCCAAUUGAAGAGAUGAGCCAAGUAUGGAAGUCACAUUGGUACUGGUCCAGAUUCGUUGAAGACCUUGAUUACCCCAAUGGAGGUUUGGAGAUGAGGAAGAAAGGCCAGGUUCCAAAGAAUGUGUAACUCAUCCUGGAUUGAAUCACUUUUCUUUGUUUUGUUUUCAAAUUUAGCUUAUGGUACUAGCACAUACUAUUCGUUUCUCAAUGUUCUUGGAUCAAGGUUUAUAUAAUUUGUUCCUGAUUAAAAACCAAGUUUCUUGUGCUUUGUUUCGACUGGAAAUUUCAAUAUAUUAAAUGUCCACGGACAGUUUCGGUGAACAAACGUGACAGUGAAUGAAUUGAAACGAAAUUAAUAUAGGAAUUGACCAAGGAUAUUAAAACAUAGGCAAGGAAAAGGCUAAAUCUUUUGAAGAAAAGGGAUGGCUAACUGUCAAUUCGGUCACAGCCUCGCACUGCGGCAAAAAGGAGGAUUGCAUGACUAUACAUUGAAUGUUGUAAAUUAAUU